CGGGCUGCGCUCAGCCACGCGCUUCCACACCACCACCACCAUCACCCUACUUGGCGCGCGCCACUUUUGGGAAACGCCAGCCAGCCACUUGCGCUCGGCGGGAUCCGGAGGUUUAGGAUAGAUAGAAGCGCAGAGGCGCCCCUGGCUUGGGCUCUCUUUUUCUCUGCCCCGGCUCUCCGAAGGGAGGGCGGCCCAGCAAGUGGGGGGGGGAUUUGGGCCACCCCCGCCGCCAAGGAGGCCGGCGGGAGCCCCUCCGCCUCUCCGCAGCAGGCGGCAAGGGCCGGGGGCGGAGCGGCGAGGCGAGGCGAAGCGAGGCGGCGCUUGGCUGGCGGAGACCGAUCGAGGGCGCGGCGCGCCUUCCACGCUGCGCUCGCCUAGCCGGGCUGGAGUGAAGCUGCUCGCCGCUCCGACGGGACUCCGGUGGGGUUGGCCAUGGAGCCGCGCCCGGCGAAGGGCGGAGGAUCUGGUCCGGAUUUGGGUUUCGUCGGAGCCUCCUUUCCGCCCAGGGUCGUCUCCUGAGCCGCUAAAGACUGUCUUCAGAUGCCUCCAAUGUGAAGAACAACUGAAGAUAAUAAUGGUUAAGGCACCAAGCUACAAACUGGACGAUCAUGAAUUCUAGUCCUGUUUUUUCCAUGAAAACCAGGCGCAGUUUAACAUGGAUAAGAAAUACGAGGAGCCCGGUUCUUCCCAGUCCGAACUCUCUCUGAGGAACUGCACCGCUUCUGUCGACGUUUGUCAGAUGGAGCCCAACAUCACCUAUGUGGGUUUUUACCUUCACCACCCGCUGGUUGCUUCGGUCUACAUCAUCUCUUACCUGCUCAUCUUUCUUCUGUGCAUGAUUGGCAACGGAAUCGUCUGCUUUACCAUUCUGCAGAGCAAACAUAUGCACACUGUCACCAACCUCUUCAUCUUGAACCUGGCCGUCAGCGAUCUGCUGGUGGGGAUUUUUUGUAUGCCCACCACUCUCCUGGACAACCUCAUAACAGGAUGGCCUUUUGGAAGCGUUGCCUGCAAAAUGAAUGGCACAGUCCAGGGAAUAUCUGUUUCUGCUUCAGUCUUCACUUUGGUAGCCAUUGCAGUUGAUAGGUUCCGUUCUAUUGUUUACCCCUUUAAACCAAAACUUACCGUAUGGAUAGCACUUAUGCUGAUAGCCAUCAUCUGGGUCCUGGCUGUUGCCAUCAUGUGUCCCUCUGCUGUAAUGCUGAAGUUAAUGGAAGAAAAGCAUUUCCAGGUCAUUCUUGAGGAGGACAACCAAACCCGUCCCAUCUACUGGUGCCGGGAAGACUGGCCCAACGAGGACAUGAAAAAGAUCUACACCACCGUCCUCUUUGCCAACAUCUACUUGGCUCCCCUGUCGCUCAUUGUCAUCAUGUACGCUCGGAUAGGGAUCACGCUCUUCAACACAGUGCUUGCCUCUGGGAAACAAGGCCAUGAGCGCCACUCCGUUUACAAGAAGAAGUUGAAAGUCAUCAAGAUGCUGAUCAUUGUGGCUUUAUUAUUCAUCCUCUCCUGGUUGCCCCUGUGGACCUUGGCCAUGCUAUCUGAUUACGCAGAACUGGAUGAGGCACAGCAUAAGCUCAUCAAUAUCUACGUCUACCCCUUUGCCCAUUGGUUGGCCUUCUUCAACAGUAGCAUCAACCCAAUCAUCUAUGGCUUCUUCAACGAGAACUUCCGUCGAGGUUUCCAAGCUGCUUUCCAGCUGCAGCUCUGCUCCGGGGAGGUGAUACCUCGGGAAAUGUAUUCUCAACGGGCACAAAGCAAUGCAGUCUUGCCAGUCACGGUUCCCCAGCAGAUAGACCAUGAUCUGCCCUCCUGUGCUGCAGGCCGGUCAACUCAAAAGGGGAACUGGGUGGACAAGACACAGGUUCUGGUGAUGGAGAAUCUAGAAGGUGCCUCCAAUGACAACGGCACUAAACAAGACUUGCUGUGAGCUACCUCAGCUGCUUGGUGGAUGCCCCGAUUUAGUAUUUCUCAACCUUGGCCACUUUAAGAUGGGAGGGCUUGAAGUUGGACCUUUAUUCUUUGCUGAAGUUGAAGUUCGCACAUUUUAAAAGUUGUCCAGGUAGAGAAAGGCUGCCCUAAUUGAUGCAUCAGCCAUGACAUUCAAACCCACCUGUGUGGAAAAGAAACACAAUUGCUGGUGUUUUGAGAUCUUCUAGCUGUACAAUGAAUCAUUUCUGUCUCCUACAGGUUGUCCUUGACUUACGACCAUUCAUUUAGUGCACAUUCAGAGUUACAACAGCACUGAACAAAGGAGAGUACCUGCAAGUGAUUUAUUAGAAUUUUGAAGGAAAGUAUUUUUCCAAGAUUCAUAAGAAUCAGGAGUGAUUAUGUCAUCUACAUAUAACCUUUGGACUAUCACACGGAAGAAGUCUCAAAGUGUUACUGGUGGAUCUUUACAGGACGUAGUCAUAUACUGCCAUAUACUGUAUAUAAAGUAUUUUUUUUAAAGAAGAGAACAAUUUUUCAAAAAGAUGUUUAUAUCUGAAGAGUUGGAGAUCAUCAAUUUCAAUUUAGAAGUUAGAAUAACCCUAGAUUCCCUAUAAAGAUACCGUGGUUUUCCCGAAAGUAAGGCCUACAUGAGGGGUAGGCAACCUUGGCUCUUUUAUGACUCAUGGACUUCAACUCCCAGAAUUCCUGAGCCAGCCAUGCUGAGGGAAAGGGAG